AUGCCACUGUAUUUUUUCUUUGUCUCUCUAUGGAUGGCUGAAUAUGAAUAUGAUUUUAUUUUAAAUGAAAAUAAGAACAAAAAGAAUAACGUAUCAAUAAAACUAUUUGAUCAAGAAGAACAUGUGAAUAGGAAUUAUAAUUUAAUAUCAGAUGAUGAUGAUGAGACGAGUAGUAGAGAGAAUGACUAUGAUCCCAAUAUGGAAAAAUUAAUAUCGUCUGUCCGAUGGUUACUAAAUAAAGCAUAUAAUAAUUCAAUACCCGAUUAUUUACCCCAAAAAGAAUUUUUUCUUUUCGAAACAGAUGAUAAUAAUGAACAACAACAUUUUCUCCGUCCCGAUCUAACUCUUAUUUUAAUAUCAGGCGAUUUAUAUUGUCGUGCUUAUACAAAUAUAUGCCGUUUGACACGUGAUAAUAUAGAUGAUGAUGAUGAUGAUGAUAUAAAUUUGACAUUAAAUGAUGUUCUUGAUAUAUUAAAUCAGUUUCAACAUCCAUUAACAUCGUAUAUAUCCUUUGAUUCAUUAAAACAAGAUGAACCACUAUGUACUUCAGCUCAUUUGGCAAUGAUCGAUACAUUAAUGUGGUUUUAUUCUAGUCGUAUUAUAAAACAAAAUAUGAUUAUGAAACGAUUAGAACGUUUAAAUCAGUCAUCGUCUCUCAAACAACAAUCAUUAGUUAAACUUGAUAUUGAAUCAUUACUCAUUAUUUGGAUGAAUGGUAUUUGUGAAUAUGUGGCAAAAUCAUUUGUCUUUAAACGUAUACCACCUAUAAUCGAUUUAAAUUCGGAUAUACAAGAUGGAAAAUGUCUAAGUGUUUUAAUUGGAUUUUAUGAUAAAAAAUUUUCAUAUGAAUUAAUUGAUAUGAGUGAACAUUUGUUACCGGUGAAUAUAUAUGAAAAUAUUAAAUAUUUAAAAAUAUUUUUAAAUCGUAAAAAAUCGGAUAUUUUUCCAUUCCAUAUUAAACCGUUUAUAUCCAAUUAUAAUUUAUUACAUCCAAAUAUAAUUGCAUUUAUAAUUGAAUUAUUUUAUAUUUAUGAAUAUUCUGUUUUUACAACAGACAAUGAGCAACAUAUGAAUUUGAUUGAAAAUUUUCAAAAAAAAAUAUCAAAAAUGAAAAAUCUUAAAGAACAAGUCGAUCAUGAUUAUGAAGAUGAUGAAAUAGAAGAUGAAAAUAAUAAUAUGUUAAGUUCAACUUAUUCAAUUGAUGGUGAUGAUGAUUAUGAGAAUUAUUUCGAUUAUAAUAAUCAUAGUGAACAACAACAACAAGCACGAUCGUCAACAACAAAAUCUUUUAAUUCAAUAACCAAUUCUCCAACAGAAAUUGUUUUACAAACAAUGACAAAUCAUAACAAUAAUUUAAGACAAUCGUCACUAAAUAGCUUUUCGAUAUUACCUGACAAACAAAUGAAUAAGUCAUCGAUGCAAAGUAAUUUAAAAAAUUCUUCAUCACCAUUAUUUUUCAAUCAUGAUGAUGAAAUUGUAACUCGCAAACAAAAAAACAUGUCAUUUGCUACAACAACUUGGCAAAAACAAGCGGCCACACACACACCAAAAUCAGAUGAUUAUAUUUGUGAUAAUGAUGAAAAUGAACAUAUGAGUAAAGAAUUUUUAGCAAUUAAAAUGCAAUUAGAAGUGAAAAAAAAAUCAAUUGAAAGAGAUAAACAACGUUUAGAGAGUUCUCGGGAUGAAAAACGACAAACUAUUGGACAUGAAGCAUUUAAACAAUUAUUACAACAAAAAAGAAAAAGUGAUUUACAAUCAUUUUUGCCUCCAAUAGAACAAUAUCAAUCACAACAAGAUAAAAAUUUCUCAUAUGAAGCACCAGCAAUAAUGAACAAUAGUCACAUUGAUCAAAAACAUAACAAUGAUAGAACAAUGACAACAAAAUUGAAAAAAUCAUCAACAACUGUAAUAGAAAAACGUCCACAAACAGACGAAGUAUCAUUACCAACAAUUGUUGAUUUAUCAAAACCAAUGACACAUGAUGAUUUUUUGGCAACAUUGGAACUUUUAAAAAAGAAAUAUAUUGAGACAACAAAGAUAAGUCCAACAAUAACAGAAGAAACAAAAAAAGAGGAGUUGAGAAAUAAGUCAGAAUAUAUUGAUGAAACAACUCCAUCAGUAAAACAUCAUUCUUUAUCACCCCUCACAUUAUCCGAUCAUGACGAUUUAUCAUCGAAUUCUGAUUUACAAAAUUAUGAUGAAUCCAUAGAAAAAUUAAAUUCAAAUAUAAGUGAACUGCAAAAGGUGAUAACAACAUUAUCGAUCAAACAAGAAGAAUUACAGAGUCAAGUUAGUAUAUCAAUCGAUGAUAAAGAACAUAAGUCAAUAGCAACCGAUAUGACAAUAUCGAGAAAACCAUCAUCUAGUGUCACGAAACAGAAACAACCAGUAGCUAGUUUUACUUCAUCUUCAACUAACAAUGAAGAUACAUCUACUAGACGUUUAUCAAACUCAUCAACAUCACAUAAAUCCACACCGUUUGUACUCGGUUCUUCCCCCGUUGAUGAUCAACAACAACAACAACAACAGACAGUUCCAACAUCACUUGUAUUAGAAAUUGUCGAUAACACAGCAGAGUCAACGGCAAUUGAAAUGGAAAAAAAACGUGAAUUAAUGUUAAAUAAACAAGUAGAACGACAAAAACAAUUUGAAAUAAGACGAAUUAGACGAGAAGAAGAAAAUGCUAAACGUGAUUUUGAGAGAAGAUCAAAAGAUGACGAAGAAUCUAAAAAACGAAAUGAACGUGAACAACGACGAGAAGAAAUAUAUCGACAAUAUUUAAUGAAAAAAGAUAAUAAACACAAUGAUGGAAUGGAUCAUGAUGAUAACUAUGAUAGACACAAUACAAUAAUUAAAACAAGACAAAAAGGUUUAAAUCGUGUAACAGAAAGACAAACAUCAGGUCCAAUAAUCACGUCUGUCUUUGGCGGUGGUACUGGCGUUGAAGAGGAAGAUUCAACGAUCGUUCAUGAUGGUAUGAUAAAUAAUGAUUUAUCAUUUGUUAAAUUGGCCGAAGUACGUGCCUCUCAUACGCCACCCAAAUCUAUGCCACCAUUUUAUCCGUUACCUCCAUCAUCAUCAACUAAUAAUUCUAAUUUGCGUACGAUGUCUCGUACUUCAGGACGCACACAUCAAUCAUCUUCAACAGCAACAGCAAUGCCUAUAUCAACUUCAUUGCCUGAUGCAAUAUUUUCAAAUGAAUUAACAUUAAUUGAACCGAAAUAUCCACUAGCUAAACCAUUAUCGAGUAAAAGUAACAAACAAACAAUUAUCAAUUCAUUGAGUCAAGUCAUAUUAGCUGGACUUGUUAACACAAAAAUACGAGAACAAGUUUGUAAUGAUAUCGAAAAAUGUGAUAGUGCUAGACAUUUUAUUAUUCUAUUCCGUGAUCAACGUUUACAAUAUCGUGGUAUUUAUACGUAUCAACCGGAACAAACGAAUCGAAUCGAGCGUUUAACUGGAAAUGGACCACGAGAAAUAACAAAUGAUAUGAUCGAGACAUACUAUAAAUAUAACAAUGGAUCAAAAAAAUUCUCGGAUGUACCAAUUAAAUCGUUUAGUGUGCAAUGUGAUGCUAUCAGUAUUCAAAAUCAAUUUUGGGUUAAAAAGACAACAGGACAAUUAUCUACAUCAACGUUGAUGAAUUCAGGAGGAGGAUCGACAACAAUGACAAAUAAUAAUUCCAAAUUUUCCUAG